AUGAUUAUAGGAAGUCUGAAUAUUAGAAGAGGGGGCAGUUUGUUGAAGAGGAAAAGGAUUAGUAAGAUUAUUAAGGAAGGGAAUGCUGAGAUUUUUCUUAUUCAAGAAUCUAAACUGAACAAGGUGGAUCAUAAUCUGGUAAAAUUAUUGUGGAACAGGGAGAAGGUUGGAUGGUCUUAUUCUAGUUCGACAGGAAACAGUGGCGGAAUCACCACUCUUUGGAAGGAGGAGAGCGUUGAAGAGAUUUUCAGCUUCAAAGGAGAAGGAUUUUUAGGUGUGAAAUUAUGCAUAAAAGAUUGGGUUCUGGCUGGGGACUUUAAUGCAGUGUGUAUUGCGAAGGAGAGGAGGGGGAGAUAUUUAGCUAAUAGGAAGGCAGAGAUGGAGGUCUUUUCUCAGUUUGUGGAGAUUUGUGAAUUACGGGAUGUGCCUUGUAAGGGGAAAUGCUUCUCAUGGUUCAGCGGUGACGGGCAUGCGGCAAAUAAAGAAGAUUGGGGUCCGAAACCCUUUAUGUUCAACAAUGCUUGGUUUAAGGAUAAGAAUUUUUUACCGUUUAUUGAAUCUGAAUGGAAAAAAUUAAAAGUGAUAGGAAGAAAUGACUUUGUUCUUAAGGAGAAGCUUAGGCUCCUAAAAGAUAGUUUACGUAGGUGGAAUGUUAGCGUCUUUGGAAAGGUGGAUUUGGAGAUUAAGGAAGGUUUGGAAGAGAUUAAUGAAUUGGAUGAGUUUGUUAGCUGGUGCAGUCAAAAAUCAGCAUGCUGA